AUGUAUGCUCACAUACCAACAGAUGCCGAUAUAUCAGAAGAGAUCACAUCUCGGUCUAUGAUUGUGUGUUUUGAGGAACAUAAUCCCUCUGCCCAGUCAGUGUAUGGUCCCACUUCUACCUUAAUGCUGCUCAACGGCAUGCAUCCAUUCCCCACGCCAGCCGCUGUUGAUGAGGAGGUCUCCAGGGAAAGGCCCCACAAGAGACUCAGACAUGAACAUCCAGAGUCAGAAUUUGACUCAAGCUUGGCGGAUAAAAUCUACGAAGCUGGCGAAACCUAUGAUACACGUGAUUUGGAUUUUCGUGGAAUCCUUGCGAAGAAACACCUGGAUUCCUUUUUCAACACUGCUCACGGCAUUUACCCAAUUUUUGACGAAAACUCAUUUCGCGGGUCAUACCCUCCCUUUGGGCAUGAUUCAUUCUGUAUGGCCCAGGAUGUUGAGUCACGGCAGUUGCAAUGUCUCAUGUACUCAGUCCUAUCCUUGGGCGCCCUUUACAUAAACACCACCGAGGACGCCAAGUGGGCUGCCAAAUAUUUUGGUGAAGCGGAAAGGCUAGUUUCGUCACUAUUUGGAAAGACCUCUCUUCAGGCUGUCCAGGCUUGUAUUUUUAUGGUAUUUAUUCCGAAUCUCGACUUCAAAAAUGUUCACAUGCAUGAUGCUGACUGCAAGUAG